AUUGCUGCUCCUCUGCGAGAAGACAGCUAUUGCUAUGGCGUGCAGAAAUUUGGUGACACGGCGCUUAAUAAGGUGCUUGAAUUGUAUAAACUCGAAACAGUUACUGUUGAAAGGCGAAGACUACGUCAUGCACUACGAUGUUAUCAAAAUAUAACUGGUUUGAAAAGUAUCUUGAAAUCAACAUUAGAUGGAAAUGUGUUUCCUUUGGAAGAUGUCGGCUAUGUCUUUCAUAUUAUCGCAGAAAACCCCAUCGCCGGCGAACUCGUUUUCUUAUUUCUCUUCGAGAACUGGGAAUAUAUCUAUAAAAGGCUUCACGAUAACUUCAGAUUAAUGACUCGUGUGAUUAGUGCGUGUCUUUCUACAUCCAGUACGCAUUCACAAUUACGA